UCAGAUUCAGAGGCAACACUGUACUGUACUCACUCAAACAAAGCCUGAUUUGAUUGGUUUUGUAGUAAGUCGUCUCAUAAUUGGAUGCGCCCUUCAAACUCCCCUUAGCUAGCUUAGCUUAUUUAUCUGCUGCAUCCUAUCUAAUAUCCGUAAUAUGAUCCAAAUUGAUAGAGAGAGAGAGAGACCUCCCACAUAUAUGCCAGGGGGGAAACAAAUUAAAGUUAGCAUAUAAAAAGUAGAGGCAGAGGUUUGCAUUGCAAUACAGUAUGCAUUAUGUAGUACUCCGUAUCAUUUAUUAAGUGUGUGUGUGUCACCAGAAUUUUAGUGCACUGUACUCCACUUUGGUUGCUUGUGAGACAUUCCCAGCCUCAGUCCCAUUCAAUACAGCGCCAAGUGCUCUGCCUUCUCAACAAUCCUCAAUCAGCAUAUGUCCUUUUGUUUUAUUGGCCACAUACUCCAACACUACAAUUCACUUGCAGCUAGCUUAGCUUCCAUCAAUAAUAUAUAUAGAUAGAUGCAGAAAUACUUAAAUUCUCUCUCCAUCCGAUCAGGUCAGUUUAAAGUUUAAACGCAUAUCUGAUCUGGUACGUGUUUACAACAUGUAGUGAGUAAGUUUGUCCGUCUCCAUCUCAUCUUCCGCUCUCCCUCUCUCUUAAAGCUCCAGAUUUGAUUUGCCAUGGAUAAAACUAAUUAUUGUCUCCAAUUUCCAUUUCGCUACUCUUUGUUUAACAUAGUAGCCUCCUUUUAUAUCAUCAUCAUCUUCUUUCCGUGUGCAAUCUCUGGUACUGCCGCGGCCGAGUCCGAGUGCACCUGCAACGGCAACGUUGAAGGUCAAUUACACUACAGCAGCAAAGAGACAUUAGUCACAGUGGACUCUCUCAAAUAUAGGCUAGUUGCAAUUGCUUCAAUUCUGGUUGCAGGUGCUGCUGGGGUGAGCAUCCCGCUUCUGGCUAGAAAGUAUGAAUUUUUAGGGCCGGAGAAGGAUAUAUUCUUCAUGAUCAAGGCCUUUGCCGCAGGUGUGAUCUUAUCCACAGGUUUUGUUCACAUACUGCCUGAUGCAUUCCAGACACUGACAUCGCCGCUCCUUAAAGACACUAAUCCCUGGGCCAAAUUCCCUUUCUCUGGUUUAAUUGCGUUGACCGCAUCCAUUGCAACUUUGAUGGUGGACACGCUUGCUAUGAGCUUUUUCAGGAAGAAGAUGAUGCACUUUGACAAGACAAAACUGCCGCAGGUAAGUGCAGAUGAAGAAGAGGCCAAAGAUGCUGCUGCUGCAGAUCACAUGCACAGACAUGGAGCAGCAGCAGCAGCCGUGUAUCUCGAUCCCCCGCCAUCUAAUAAUGAAUUAGUGCACCUAUCGGAUCGAAUACGACAGCGCGUCGUAUCGCAGGUACUGGAGCUGGGAAUUGUGGUUCAUUCAGUCAUAAUAGGAUUGUGCUUGGGUACUUCACAAACCCGUGAAACAAUAAGACCUUUGUUAGUUGCUUUGUCAUUCCACCAGUUCUUUGAAGGGAUGGGACUUGGAGGCUGCAUCGCGCAGGCAAAAUUCAAGUCUGUAUCUACAGCAGUGAUGGCAGUAUUUUUUUCCCUGACCACCCCAGUUGGGAUUGCAACCGGGAUCGGGAUAUCCAGUGUGUAUAAUCCACAUAGCUCCACUGCACUAAUUACACAAGGCGUUCUCAAUUCUGCCUCCGCAGGCAUCUUGAUUUACAUGGCUCUUGUUGAUCUGCUAGCUGCUGAUUUUAUGAAACCAAAGAUUCAAAAUAACGUCAGACUUCAGCUGGGGGGCCAUGUUUCCCUUGUUCUAGGAGCUGGAAGUAUGUCUGUAUUGGCCAUGUGGGCCUGAUGGGAUGGAUGAUCUUAUUCAUUCAAUUCCCUUCCCCCUCAGGCCUCAGCUCACUGUUACGUACUUUCUCCAUCAUGUCCUCUGUCUCAUCUACCUCUAUGCGUGAUUGCAGUGUCAUCCAUCUGUAAUAUAAAUAAAUAAAUUGUUCAUUUCUGUUUGAAA